AUGGCUUCCGCCGCAAUGCCACUUCAAUCAUCACUUGAGCAGCCAAAUCUUGCUACAGCAGCUACAGGACUAAGGUAUUCUGGCAAUAAGCGAAAUACGGAGAAAAAAGCUUCACUUAAAAUUGUAUAUGCAUGUCCUCCUGUUAACAAGCCAAGCCACAAAAUAUCAUUCCCAGCAACAAGAAAAAGAAAUGGCCAAUCCCAAGGAAGAAAGGACUACAUAGAGACAAGGGGUAUGCAAAGUGAAAUGAAAAUGACAUCCUUGAAGGAGCGGAUUGAAGAAAGGGGGAAAAAAGGACAAGAAUCUGAGGCUCAAUAUUUUGUGGAAAAUCCAGGGAUCGGGAAAAGACACCAGACACAGCUCGACAAGUAA